GGGGAUUCCUUCCCUUUCUGUGUCUCACUGAACGGCAGAUGCCGGCGGGGAAAACGACAGAGAGGGGAGACGCCAUGCGCAGGACGAGGCAUGAAGUAGUGAGACACUGAGCGAAGAUGGCGUAUAUACAGUUGGAACCUAUAAGCCAGGGGUUUUUGACCAGAAUAUCAGAUUUUAUUCUGUGCAGAUGGACUUGUAGGAAGUGUUGUCAAAAGUGCUAUGACUGCAGCUGCUGUCAGUCCAGUGAGGACGAAGUGGAAAUUUUGGGACCGUUCCCCGCACAGACUCCGCCGUGGCUAAUAAAUAACCGUAGCAAUGAUCGAGAAACAGAUGUUGAGAACACCAACAGUGAUCCUCCACCAACGCCUCAAGGGAUCUCACCCGACAGAAAGAGUUCCUCGGCCACAUCACGAUCCACAUACAGCCUCACAAGACGGAUUUCAAAUCUCGAGUCCAUUAGGCGACCAAGCUCCCCUCUGGUUGAUAUCAAGCCUAUUGAGUUUUGGGCAAUAGGAUCCAAGAAGGAAAUAGUGCAGCCGAAGGUUUUCCGAAAGCCCACGUCGGAGGACUAUUUUCAAAAAUUUGAGCCUAGGCUCUACUCUGUUGAUUCAAGCAGCGAUGAUGUAGACUCUUUGACUGAUGAAGAAAUUCUCUCCAAAUAUCAGCUUGGCAUGCUUCAUUUCAGUACUCAGUAUGAUCUCCUACACAACCACUUGAUAGUGAGAGUGAUUGAAGCCAGAGAUCUCCCUCCCCCGAUCUCAUAUGACGGUUCAAAACAAGAUAUGGCUCAUUCAAAUCCUUAUGUUAAGAUGUGCCUCUUACCAGAUCAAAAGAAUUCAAGACAAACAGGUGUUAAACGCAAAACACAGAACCCGGUUUUUGAGGAGCGAUAUACAUUUGAAAUCCCAUUUUUAGAAGCUCAGAGGAGGACUCUCCUUUUAACGGUUGUGGACUUUGAUAAGUUUUCACGUCAUUGUGUCAUUGGAAAAAUUACAAUGCCAUUAAAUGAAGUAGACCUUGUGAAAGGUGGACAUUGGUGGAAAGCACUAAUUCCAAGCUCUCAGAAUGAAGUUGAACUAGGGGAACUAUUGAUCUCUCUUAAUUAUUUGCCAAGUGCAGGAAGACUAAAUGUGGAUAUUAUUAGAGCAAAACAACUCCUUCAGACAGAUAUGAGCCAAAGAUCAGAUCCAUUUGUUAAAGUUCAGCUGGUGCAUGGAUUGAAACUUGUAAAAACAAAAAGAACAUCUUGCAUGAAGGGCACCAUAGAUCCAUUCUACAAUGAAUCUUUCAGUUUUAAAGUUCAAGUAGAAGAAUUAGAGGAUAUCAGCUUAGUUUUUACAGUCUAUGGUCACAACAUGAAAAGCAGCAAUGAUUUUGUCGGUCGGAUUGUCAUUGGGCAGUACUCUACGGGUGCGCCCGAGUCCAAUCACUGGCGUCGGCUUCUGAACCUACACCGGACCUCAUCUGAGCAAUGGCACAGCCUGCGUUCACGUGCUGAGUGUGACCGCGUCUCCUCAGCGUCACUGGAAGUAACGUGAUGGAGUCAUCUCACCCACUCCCACCAGGGUGAAGCUUGCUGGCGUUACUACCAGAUGCCAGAUGGAUAAAGAAAAGGCAGUAUCAGGUCACACAGCUUGACAAAGAGAA